UGCUGACUAAAGACGGAAAAAGUCCAACCCCAAAACCCAACUAACCACACACACACUCUCUCUCUCUCUCUCUUUCUUCACACGAUACAAUUACCAGCUGUUCCUUUCCGCGAUUUAUUGCGGUGGCAAAUGGUGGUGAUUGAAGACCUCCGGUUGAAGUGUUAAUGGCAGAAGACGCCGUUCCGAAAACCUUCAGGGCAUUAGUGGAAAGCGCUGAGAGAAAGUUCGCCAAGGUCCGCGACGCUCCGUCGUAUGGACGUGGUCCCAACCACUACUUCCCCAAGGUAUUCAAGGCUUACAUGAAGCUAUGGGAUUACCAGCAAAAAAACCGAUCGAAACUCGUUGAAUCGGGACUUCAGCGAUGGGAAAUCGGCGAGAUCGCCUCUCGAAUUGGUCAGCUUUACUUCGUGCAGUACAUGAGGACGAGCGAGGCACGAUUCUUGCUGGAAUCGUACAUUUUCUACGAGGCUAUAUUGAACCGAGGGUACUUUGAAGGCUCGAGUUUCAAGGCUUUGAAAGAUCGAGGGCUUAGGUUUAAGGAAUUAAGGUUUUACGCCAGGUUUUUGCUGGUUUCCUUAAUUUUGAAUCGGUGGGAGAUGGUUAAGCUUCUUUUAGACCGGUUUAAGGCGCUUGUGGAGGAUAGCAAAGCCCAGUUUCCGGAUACCACCUUUAAGGAAUGGAAGGUGGUGAUGCAAGAAAUGGUGCGAUUUAUGAAAGUUGAUUCAGCCUUUUCAAAUACUAGGCCUUUGCGAUAUUGUGCUAUCUUCGAUUCUUACCCGAGUUCACUUCCAUAUGUCGCACGUUUCCAUGCAAAAAAAGUUCUAAAGUUGCGAGAUGCAUUGCUCAUGAGCUAUCACCGGAAUGAGGUUAAGUUUGCAGAACUUACAACUGAUACCUUCAGAAUGCUGCAGUGUUUGGAAUGGGAACCGAGUGGAUCCUUUUAUCAGAAGCAAACUGUUGAAUUUCAUGACAAUGGAACUUCAACUGAUCAAUCUGCUACUUCAGGAUUAAUUGAUAUUAAUUUGGUGGCUGAUAUGACUGAUCCAUCUUUGCCUCCAAAUCCCAAAAAGGCUGUUCUUUAUCGCCCUUCUGCAACACAGUUACUAGCUGUAUUGGCUGCAAUUUGUGAUGAGCUCCCUCCAGAAAGUGUUAUGCUUAUUUACAUAGCAGCCUCAGGUGAUUCUGGUCAAACUACUGUUCCACAUAAGCAAAUAUCAGGAAGUGUGAGAACAUCUGUAAAGUUAAAUACUGUUCAUGAACGCAGUAACUACUUUAUGCCUGAAACUCAUGUUAAUGGGAAAGGAAGUUCCAGUCAUCCCUCUGAAAGUUCUAUCUGGUUAGGGCCCACCAGAAAUGCAGGUUCUAAUAAUCUUUUUCCUGCUGAUUUAAUCCCGUUUACUAGAAGACCUGCUUUUUUCAUUAUUGAUAGUGACAACAGCCAUUCAUUCAAGGUUUUACAUGGUGCAGAAAGGGGAGAACCAGCUGCCUUGCUUCUUUCACCACUGAGACCAACAUUCAAGAGUCAAUCUGAAUCCAGUGCUGACAUCACACAAAAUGGAAGUCAAUUCACCCUCUUCUUGACUGCUCCAUUACGCGCAUGCUGGCAAAUCUUUGGCCUCACUUUUUCUGAUGAUGAUGCGGAUUUGAUGGAAGAUGCUGAAAGUAUUGUUUCAGGCGCCUUUGCAGAGUGGGAAACAAUACUUUGUACUACAACUACCCUGGAUCUAGUGUGGGCCCAAGUUCUCUCUGAACCUUUGUUGCGAAGGAUUAUUCUCAGAUUUAUAUUCUGUCGAUCUGUUCUUACCUGUUUCCGGCGUCGAGAAGAAAAUGACCAUUACGUCCCUGUGUGCUUACCAGAGCUUCCUGAUUCCGUCUCUCCCAACUCCGGAAUCGUCCAAUCCGCCGUCAAGAAGCUUGCAGAGCAUCUAAAGGUUUCACAUUGUUUUCGGUUUGACGGUUUAUAGCCAUAAUAGUUAGAUUCAGAAGCAGCAGAUAAUAAUAUAUUUAUAUGUACAUUCAUCUUAACCGGGGGGGGGUUGUUUAUAUACCCUAAAGUUGUCUCGUAUAAAUUGUUUGGGUUUGGUGUAAAGCUUUGAAAACAACAGCAUACUUGAGUUGAGUUUGUAUUUAAUAGGUUUUGUCAUUUGUGAAAGGGAAGUAGGUAGACAGAGGGCUGAGGGCGGGGGUGUUAAGGUAAUCUCUGAACUUUGUGAAUUAUUAUUAUGUUAUUGGGCAAAAAAAAAAAAACGGCAGCUAAAGGUUACAUUAAA